GUUCUCUAUGCCCGUCCUUCCCCCCUUCCAGGCUACACACAAGGCUGGAGAGUCUCCGGCAGCACGGCGCGUAACACAACCUACUGACAGCUGCGACUCACAACCAAGGAGGGAAAAGAUGGAGCACAGAGACACCGACUUCAACAUAUUGCUAGCGACCGAUUCAUACAAGGUAACGCAUUAUAAACAGUACCCCCCCAACACGAGUAAAGUGUACUCCUACUUCGAGUGCCGCGAGAAGAGGACAGACCCCAGCAAAAACAGAAAAGUCAAAUAUGACAAAACUGUCUUUUAUGGCCUACAGUACAUCCUGCACAAAUAUCUAAAAGGAAAAGUAGUGACUCCAGAGAAGAUUCAAGAGGCGAAGGAGGUCUACAGGGAACACUUCCAGGAUGAUGUUUUUAAUGAGAAGGGGUGGACUUAUAUUUUGGAGAAAUACAACGGACACCUGCCCAUUGAAAUCAAGGCGGUGCCAGAGGGGAGUGUCAUUCCUCGAGGCAAUGUUUUGUUCACAGUGGAGAGCACAGACCCCGAAUGCUACUGGCUCACUAACUGGGUGGAGACCAUCCUGGUUCAGAUCUGGUAUCCCAUCACUGUGGCGACCAACUCUAGAGAGCAAAAGAAGAUCCUUGCCAAGUACCUCUUAGAGACUUCGGGGAAUUUGGAGGGGCUGGAGUAUAAACUACAUGACUUCGGCUACAGGGGCGUGUCCUCACAAGAGACUGCUGGCAUAGGAGCCUCCGCCCAUCUGGUCAACUUCAAGGGCACAGACACAGUCGCUGGCAUCGGAGUCAUUAAGAAGUACUAUGGCACCAAGGACCCUGUGCCAGGCUUCUCAGUGCCCGCUGCCGAGCACAGUACCAUCACAGCUUGGGGGAAAGAUCAUGAAAAAGAUGCCUUCGAGCACAUCAUCAAGCAGUUUCCCAGCGUGCCUGUGUCCAUAGUCAGCGACAGCUACGACAUCUACAACGCCUGCGAGAAGAUUUGGGGAGAAGACCUGCGGGCGCUGAUCGAGAUGCGCAGCGCAGACGCCCCGCUCGUCGUUCGACCAGACUCAGGAAACCCGCUCGAUACGGUUUUGAAGGUUUUGGAGAUUCUAGGGAAGAAGUUUGCACCAAAGGAGAACUCUAAAGGGUUCAAGGUUCUCCCUCCUUACAUUAGAGUCAUACAAGGAGAUGGAGUGGAUAUCAACACACUGCAAGAGAUUGUGGAGGGAAUGAAGCAACACAGAUGGUCCAUUGAGAACAUUACCUUCGGGUCCGGAGGGGCUCUGCUGCAGAAACUGACCAGAGAUCUGCUCAACUGCUCAUUCAAAUGCAGCUACGUGGUCACCAACGGACUAGGGGUGAACGUGUUCAAGGAUCCGGUGGCAGACCCCAACAAGAGGUCGAAGAAAGGUCGUCUGUCUCUACACCGGACCCAGAGCGGAGACUUUGUCACUCUGGAGGAGGGCAAAGGAGAUCUGGAGGAGUAUGGCGUGGACCUGCUGCACACUGUCUUUCGUAAUGGGAAGAUUGUGAAGACGUACACAUUUGACGAAGUCAGAGACAAUGCUAAGCUCAAAGAGAGCGAGCUUGAAGAGCUGCACUGAGUGCAGUCCUGCUAAUCCCCACAUAAUAUCCAAACCCCCCCACCCUCCAAAAAAAUAUCCUUUUCCUUUCAAUCUUUCACCUGUAGGCCUCCAUUGUCACCCUAGAGAAUGGAGGUAGUGUGCACUGUUAAUAGACCCCACUUUUGAAGCCUGAGAAUCCCUCAGUGUCCCUAAAAAGUCCAGAUUUCCUUAAAAUUCCUGAAUUUUCACCCUCUGUUCUCCAGCCGAGUGGGGAAUAAGAAACUUUAAAAACGCCUCAGAUCAGUGACAAAGCCCUUUAGAGUCGGGGGGUGGGGGUGGGAGUCGGGGACAGAAGGAAAAUGUGUUGUUGUGAGCAAAAGAAAAAGAUGUGAGAGAAGUUGUGAUUGUGAAGUUAGAACAUUCAAAUCCUUGUGCUACUGCCCUAAGUUGAUCACCAGCGCGUUGCACUGAUAGGCCGGCUACAUCGCAGGUUAACGAAUAUGUUGGUCCGGCUGCUGGUAGGAGGCGUGGCGACAGACCUUUUCCGUGACGCCACACGCGCGAGGGCGCUUGAGAUGAUUGUAGGUUUUUUGAAUGAGCAUUUCGACGGCCGCGUGCCGAAUGAACCUGAGAUGAGUGAGAAGGAACCUGGCGGAAGCCACACCCACACGAGUUAACAUUCUCCAUGUAUCCUGUACAGAACUGUUUAGAAAAAAAAAUACAUGUCUGAAUCUACUUAGCGUUGUCUUUUAUGUGAAGAAAGAAAACGAUCACGGUAUAUCACAAUGCACCGAUUACACUUGGACUUAAGGAAAAAUCAUGAACGCUCGGUCUUGGAGCACGAGUAAUGAAAGGUUAAUUUCCUCCACAGUUCUUGCUUUUUAAUAGUUACAAUAAAUAAACAAAACUAAUUACAAUAGGCCAAUAUUUAAGUCAAGUACUCCCACUGUCCCACCACAAAAUUAUUGGUGCAUCUCUGGAGGUAUAUCUGAUCAUUUACUUACUGUUAUGUUGCCCACAGCGCAUUCCCAUCAUGAAGGUUUGAUCCACAAUCCAAAUCACACCACAAAAAUCACAAAUGGAGGAAGACGGAGCUUAAUAAAUCACUUUUUUUUUUCUUUUUUUGUAAUUCUCAUUGAUUUUUCAGAUUCAGGUUUGAUUACGUUCAAAUAAUCAUUCAGUAAUAGACAUUUAAAUCUAUCGGAAAUUAAAAAGGCCCAGAGAUUAGAUGGUUCCCACUCAACUUUAAAGAGUGGGGUUUUUUGGAUUAGGUCUUCAUGAUGGUGAAUGGCCAGUCUUUGCUGUUAAUCAGACCAAGAGUUGAUGUGAAAUAAAUACAUUGCAGAAAUCGUCUUCACUGGAAUGAAGAGGACAAAAACCUUAUGUGUUUCUGAAAGAUGACGUGCAUAUAUGUGGCGCCUUGGCUGAGAUGUUUGUUCAGUGUUGGUUCUGAUGUCUUUGUGUGUGUGAAUGUGAGUGUGUGUGUGUGUGGGGGGGUGAGAGAGAUGUUGUCUUCCUUUAAACGACUGUGUGGUAUUCCUUUUUCUGCAAAUGUGCUUGUUUGUCGUGGGAAUAAAACAACAUUCUUCCCGGCCUUUUAUUCUGAAAGGAGACGUUGUGACAGUCUAGUGGAGAGUUAGUUUAACUUUUUGGAAACCAAGAGGUUUAUAAAUAAAACAAUUUAAAAAGCGAGAGUACUUUCUGACACUAACAUGCACCAGCCAUGCAUUGGUAGUCGGUGGAGCAUAGUUGCUGGUCAGCAAAGCAUUUCCCCUUAGUAUCACUGCCUUAACUUUUGAAGGGGAGGAAUGGUUGUUUGGAUUUAUUGCCCUGGUGUAAAUGGGGGUUUCGCUUGCUAAUGCCUUUCGGAGUUGAUCAACUUUCCAUUCAGAGCAUCUUAGCCAGAUUGUGGUGGGUGUCAUUUCCUGAGUUGGCCUUUUUCAGAGUGAAGGGAUUUUUCUAGUAGAGCGCUAGGAGCUGGUGACAUCACAGGAAAAAGAGAGUUGCGUUUUUUUUAAUAGCAGUCGCCAAGUUGUGAAAGUACCAGAGUGACUCAGUACAGUCCACAGGAGAUAAAUCUUUUGGUGCUCCUCAUAAUUCACGUAGCGCCACCAAAAGGAUUACAUUUGAAGCUCUCGGGUUUGUGGACUGCCAUUUGUGAUUCCUUCCAUGGGGUUGAUUUAGUCGUAAUCACAUGACACUGUAAUCGUGAGCGUUGCUGGUAAUUCAGGCUCAAAGGCACUCUCACAGAGCUGCUGCCCCAGCUGUAGGCUGUCUUGUUUAAACUUUAAAGUGUCCAGGUGGUAAUUUAUUCCCUGAUUGUGCACGCUCUUCAGACACUCAGCUGCUUCACACGCUACGCCCUCUGGGAGCUCCACAGAGCCGCAGCAGCCUCACCGGAGCUAUUAGAGCAUCAGCGACCUCGUUUUUAUUUUUCUUUCUUUCUUAAAGGUUUCCUCACAGACACUGACCCUGCUUCCCCCCCCCCCCCCCCAAUGUAGCCAACCUUGAUAACGCCUGUGAUGUCACCAACUCCCAUUCCUCUCCACUGGCUCAGACCCAUCGCGCUCAAAUACAGACAAGCUGAGCGAAUCACACACUGAUACAACAUCGGACCGUUAUUCAAUCUUCCUUCUUUUUUUCUUUUUUUCUCCUUCUUCCCGCUGCUGUUAUCCGUGAGGUCAUAUGUCAUCCAGCUUUCACAAGUAAUGAACCUGUAGUCCUUUUACAUUCAGUAAAAUUUUCAUUUUACUAUUUUGAUACUGUCUCGGUUCUUACCUCAGAGAGAUAUUAUUUUGUAUGACAAAGGAAAAAACAAAAACAAAACUAAUAAUAUGCCAGAAAUCUAGCGGUAAAUAUCCUUAUUUACAACUGAUGCGGCCAUACUGCCUUCUCACUUGUACAUAAAAACAAGUAGUUUGACUGAAAGUGGAGAGGGCAAGUUAGGGGAGACGACCACACUUGAUGAAAUUAUUAUUUUUGUCAAAACGAUCAUUUUUGUACCAACAGAAGAAUAUCCAAAACUGCUUGACAGACCUAGCAGUGCGACUGUCAAGCUUUUAGCUUCUGUUUGUGUGGGCGUGUGGUCCGGUGGGAGUGCUCUGUGUGUGCGUGUAAUGAAUGAAAGUGUUUGUGGAUACUAUUUUUUUUUUUCCUCUCUCUGUUGUUGUUGUUUUACUUGUAUGUAUAUGUUGAUUGUUCCAAAUUCUCUCCCAGCACAAAUGAUAUUUUAACUAACAUAACAUGCUAUGUUGUCAACAAUACAUUGAUUAAAGAUGCCACCCUGUCAGUUUGAA